GGCCCUUCCGGCGGGGCAGGGAGGGGGCCGCUGGGUACGCGCAGGGCGGCGGGGGCAGCAUGGCGGAAGACGAGAGCGACCAGGAGGCGGAGCGCCUCAGCGAGGAGCUGGAGGCCCUGGCGCCGCCGGGCCCGCCGCCGCCGCUGGGCAGCCAGGCCUACUGCCGCCGCUUCUGUCAGGUUGUUGAAGACUAUGCUGGAAGAUGGCAGGUUCCUUUGCCUCAGCUUCAGGUGCUUCAAACGGCUCUCUGUUGUUUCACGUCUGCCUGUGUAUCAUUUCCAGCUGAAUGUGAGCACGUACAAUAUGUAUUGAGUAGCCUAGCUUUGAGUUUUUUUGAAUUGCUGCUGUUCUUUGGAAAGGAUGAGUUCUAUGAAGAUCCUUUGAAAGAUAUUUUAGGUUCAAUCCAGGAAUGUCAGAACCUUCUAAAUAGAUACAGAAAUAUGAACCUGGAACUAGUGACUCGAAUCAUUCGAGAUGGUGGACCAUGGGAGGAUCCAGUAUUACAAGCAAUUCUUAAAGCAAAGCCUGUAUCACAGGACUUAGUUAACAAAUAUUUAAGCUCUGAAAAUCCACUGUUCUUUGAACUACGUGCCAGAUACCUUAUUGCCUGUGAACGCAUCCCUGAGGCAAUGGCUCUUAUCAAAUCUUGCAUAAAUCAUCCAGAUAUCAGUAAAGAUCUGUAUUUCCAUCAAGCUCUUUUCACCUGUCUUUAUAUGUCACCAUUAGAAGAUCAGCUAUUCCAGGAGCACUUGUUGAGGACUGAUUGCAAGAGUGGAAUUGAGAUCAUCUGCAACACUGAAAAAGAAGGGAAGACUACCUUAGCCUUACAACUAUGUGAAUCGUUCCUAGUCCCACAGCUCCAAAAUGGGGACAUGUAUUGUAUAUGGGACCUGAUCUUCAUUUGGAGUAAACUACAGCUUAAAUCUAACCCCUCAAAACAAGUAUUUGUUGACCAGUGCUACCAGCUUUUAAGAAUUGCUACAAAUGUCAGAGUAAUUUUUCCUUUCAUGAAAGUCAUUAAGGAUGAAGUCGGUGAGGAUGGUCUUCAGAUAUGCGUUGAGAUAUGUGGAUGUGCCCUGCAGUUGGACCUCCGUGAAGAUCCCAGUAUGAAAAGUCUUAUUUACAAAGCAAUUGCUCACUUUCUGCCAAAUGACUUGGAGAUCCUCAGAAUCUGUGCGCUUUCAAUCUUUUUUCUUGAACGCACCUUGGAAUCUUACUACACUGUUGAACAUUUAUAUAAAUGUGCGGAUGAAGAAUACAAUGAAUGCACUAGUUCUGUUCAAAACCGUGUGCGUUUUGAAUUGCUUCCAAUUUUGAAAAAAGGUCUGUUUUUUGAUCCUGAGUUUUGGAAUUUCUUGAUGAUCAAGCAGAAUUGUUUAGCAUUACUGGGGGAUAAAGCCUUUGUUGGCUUAAGUGAAAGUACACUGGAAAACUCUACUGCAAAUGUAGAGAAGCUAACAGAGUACAAGGCUCUGAGUGAGGAGCAUGUCUGUCCAGCAGAUGUAAGCAAGGGGGAGCUUGACUCUGAAGACCUGUCUGAAGCCCAGUCCAAAGGUAAUGCCAAAAAGAACCAUGAAGCUCCAGAGGCAUCUAAAAUGUUGGAUAAUACUUUACCAAGCCACCGCUGUGUGAUAUGCAACAAGGAAUUCCUUGGUGAUCACAUUGUGAGACAUGCACAAGCUCACCAAAAAAAGGGCAGUUUUUCCUGUGUACUUUGCACCAGAAAGUUCAGGCAAAAGGGGCUCAUGCUGAAGCACUUAAAGAAUCAUGUCAGAAAGAUAGAAAGGCAACAUCUUGCUGCAGUUCUUGAGGCUGAUCAGCAGGCCCCUGUUUUAAAUGAACUAGAAUGUUCUGAUGUUUCUCUCUCUCUUGAAAAUGGGAAUUCUGGUGUUUCUAAAGAAGAGGAACCAGAGAUUGCAAUAGCUCCAAGUGCAGUUGCAGAAGAGGAGAACAUUGAACAGGUAUUUGAUGCAGUAGAAAACCAUCUAAGUGACCAGGAUGAUGUUACCGAAAACAGUAGUUGCGACAGCUGUUUUAAUAAUAUUCCUGAUGCUUUAAGUACAGAAAGUUUGCCUGAAGAUGAUGAGAGCUCCAGUAAAGAGUCACCUAUUCUACAUAAAGUGAAUGGAGCUUUUUGUUCUCAAAAAGACAUUGAUGCUAUGGAUCAAGAAGGAAGCUUUAAGUGCCCUGCUAAUGGUUGUGCUAGAGUGUUUAAAAAGAUAAGAUUCCUCAAUAAACACGCAAGAAAAGCUCAUCCAACUGAUUUGAAGGUGCAGCAACACAUAAUGAAAUGGAAUAAAGGAAAAUGUCGGUUCUGUCAGAGAAAAUUUGCUGAUUCCCAACAUUUUAUAGACCACCUGAAGAGACACGUGUAUCCAAAUGUUUACUUUUGUUUACACUUUAAUUGUAAUCAGAGAUUUAAGCUGUCAACUGAGCUUGCAGAGCAUACAAAAAGUCAUAAUGUUUUUAAAGCUCAGUGUAAUUUUGCAGAGUGCUGUGAGCUAUUUGAGGAGCUCCCUUUGCUGUAUGAACAUGAGGCUCAACAUUAUUUAAAUAAAACUCCAGAAUGCUCAGAAGACGCAAGUGAAAAAGAUUCUUCAGAUGACCCUUCAGAACUUUGUAGUUACCAAGAUGAUGACGAGUCCAUUAAUGAAAAAGAAACCGUAGAUUUACCAAUUCCAACUUGGAAGGCAAGGAAGGAUUCUACAGAACCAAAGACAUACAUUCAAAGUGUAGAGAAAAAAGCAAACAAUGUAAUCCAGAACGGAAAUGAAAGUUCAUCUGAGGGGAAUGCUACAGUUCUGAUAGACCAAAAGACACCUGUGUUACAGCCAAAUCCUGAGAACUGUAAUGCUGUCAGUGACCAACUAGUCAAUGGGCACAGCGACCCGGAUCAGACAUCAUCAAAGUCAUCAGAAACACCUUUGGACAGAGUGGCAGAUGAAACAAGGACAGAGAAUGGGUCGGUGUUACCUGUUUUACAGAACUGUCACGAUAUACCACAGAAUAAUGCUGCUGCCUCACAGUUACCUUCUAAACCAAAUCAGACAGAGAAUACUUCAUAUGGUGUCAUCUUAACAAAACCAUAUGUUAGACCCUUGCCUCCAAGUUACCUUGAUGAACGAUACAUUAGCAUGCCAAAACGUAGAAAAAUGUUGACUGAUAAAGUAGAUGCUCACUCUGAACAAGACAAAUUUUGUAGCAAAUCAACAGAAAGAUUUAGAUGUGGCAACUGCUUGACCAUCUACUGUAAUUCAGAAGCACUUGAGGCUCACCUUGCACAAAAGAAGUGUCAGACGCUCUUUGGAUUCGAUUCAGAUGAUGAAAGUGCCUGAUUCAACAUUGUGGGAAAAUGUAUCAAACAAGGAGUGGUGUCAGAACACUACAUGAAGAAGCAGCAGUUUGUUUCCCAGUUGGCCUUAAAUCAUAAAGCAGUCUCAAAUUACUAAAGAAAAACGUGACCUUGAUAAAGACAAAGCACAUUUUCUAGACAGAACUCACAGAGGAAUAAUAGGAGCUCUGCAGUUUUUGAGUCCAGAAAGGUUGCUACAAAUCCCCAAAGUACCAGUUAUCCAAAAAGCCACAUCCAUUUCAAAUGCAUAAUUGGAGCUUCGUGGCACAGUCUUUCUAGCACAAAGGUAUAAAGAAAACAAUGCAUACAGCUGAGCAGGCAGAGAAAACAGAGGUAGUAAUUGCCUUAUGGAAAUAAAAACAGCUGGUUCUUCAAGCUGCUGUAGUUAAAAAAUAAAAAAAUGUAUGAUUAAAGGCUGUCCAUCCACACAGCUUGGAAGGAGUCUUUCAAGAAGGUGUCACUUCAUGAUGAAACAGAUAAAUGUGUACAGGAACCAAACAGUGUUUUUUCAGAGGAAAAAUGUAGAAAGAAAUCUAAGAUGGAUGGAAAGCUCUCAUAUCAAAACUGACAACAAUAAAUAACAAAAAAAAUCUUGAAGUGCAGAGCAUGCAAAGAAAAAGUGCAUUGAUGUGAUAUUAAGUAAGUUCUGCACAGUGGAAAUCAGAUGCAUGCAAGAGAAGCCCUUUUCAGGGCUAUGGUUACAGUACACGUUGAAUGUCCCGUAAAACAUCUGUUUUAGGUGCAGGAAGACUAAUACAAGCAGUACAUGCAAAAGUUGUGUGGAUAUUACCAGAAGCAGACUGAAAAAUCAAUGCAGAAUGUGCAGGGGGUAGACAUGCACUACAGGGCAGAGUUAAACUGAUUUUAUACAAAUACAGAGGUCCUUUCAGCUGUUGGUAUGAUUGAAAAGAACUUCAGAAGGCUUCUUUUAUAAUAAAGGGGAAAUAAUGAAGACAGACAAACCAGAGCAUGCAUGUCAAGUUAGAAAAGAUCUGGAACAGCCUGUUUCCACACGUGGUAUUACGUAGUGGUGACUGGUCACAGCUCAGUACUGUAACAAAUUAUUUACUGUCUCAAGGGAGGGAGAAAACGUAUCAACUCAGCCUUAAGACAUAGUACAACCCUAUCUAGCAGCAUCUCUUGAAAAGAUAACUUUCCCAGAAGUUAGUGAAGGACUUACUUCAAUGUUAAGCACUUUAUCCAGCAACUGACUGUUCAUAAAAAUAAUCGGAAGGAUGUUGUGAAGAUAAGAAAUUUGAGUCUUUCUCUUCUAUACAUCAUCAUUGAAAGACAGGAUAUUUGGAAACCAAAAAGAUGCUGUUGUAGUUCUUGAUUUUUCAUGCCCCAAACAGAGUUGUGGCAAACAUGCACCCUGUUUAAUUACUGUGCUAAUUUAUCCUCUAAUAACUAUCUUAUUCUGCCUUGCCACCAUAAAAAGUUUGAGAUCCUGUUUUGUGUCAUUAGGUGAAAAUUUUCAUGUGAUUGUAGCCACAAAGUAAUGAUGAAAAAUGGUGUAUAUGGAUGGAGUCAUCACAGAAAUGUAGGACAGCGAAGACCAAUUGUUCCUGCUCAGCUGGUUUGCUUACUGACUAGUUCAUCUCAAUGUAUGGAUGGCGUAGUAGGAUGAUCAACUUGCUUAAAUCAACAGAUACACAAAAAUUCAAAAUAAAAAAGUAAAAAAUCAAGGCAUAAAUAGAAGAUCUGUUCAUUGUAGCAAUGGCUCACACUUGUAAACCUAAGGGUUUCAUUGUAAAAUAGGCUGUUAAAUAGUUCUGGAACUUAAUAGUUCAGUAAUGCCUCUGCUAAUAAUUCUCUGUGAAAUUACAGAUAUUUGCAUUAAUUCUGCUUCCUUUUCCUCUCCUGAGGUAAAAAUGCAAAUUCAAAAUCAUGCUUUUUCUAAAUUCUAGAAAUUUUUUGCCUUAAUUUUGAGUUGGAUUAACAUAAAAGGUUAUAAAAUUAUGAUCACAGGUAUGUGUACAUUACAUUAAUACCAAUGGCUGGCCCACUUUGAGAGAUCUUUAUGACAUUUGAGGCACCAAAGAAUUUUUUUUGCUGUUGCAGAAGUGAUUUAAAUGCAUCAUUCAUAUAUAUUGCAUACACGCUAUAUAUAAAUAUUUACAUAUAUAAAUACAUUAAAAAUUUUUCAACAUAAGGGGGACCGUCUCAGCCAAAUGCACUUUUGAUGUUUUUCUUGCUUCAAAUUACCACGUAGUUUUUAAGGACCCAAUUACCAUCUCGAAUGUUCCUGGGUUCCCCCUUUCUUUGUUUAACAUUGCUAAUCAGUUAAAUUUGCUUAGGUAUAUUUGGAAAAAAAAAAAAAGACAAUUAUAAAGUAUUAUGGCUUUAAAAAUCCGAGAAAUCAUUGAGUAAGAUAUGACAAAUGUUUGUGUAAAGUCUUUUAAGUGUACCUUUAAUCUUUGGUGCUUUUUACCUUUUCCUGGAGCUCCAUGUAUUUGAAGAUGCUUUAAAAACAUGAUUAAGACUUGUGUUUUUUUCUUUUGGUUUAAAGUGUGUAGAUAAAUGCAUCUAUGUAUGUGCAUAAACUGUGACCAUAAUUUUUUUGUACCUGUAUUAAACUCAUUUUUGUUCAAAAAUGCUUUUCUUGGACACCACCAUUUGUUUAUACCACGUGUUCUGAAUACACACUUGAGAGAUCUGGAAGACUGAGUUCUAAUGUAGGUGAAUAUUAGGUCACCUAACACCUGUCAAAAGUACUUUAAAUUGACUUGAAGUAGCAAGGGGGUUGUAACAGUUUUGUUUUCAGUAAUGAUUUUACUUCAAAAGACACUGUAUUUUCUUUAAACUGUUCUCGAAUACCUGUUGGUAUUCUCAGAUAGGUGCAGUAUAAAGCAACUUUAA